AUGACAAUCACUUUGGACAAUGUGCAUAAUCUCCUACACAUUCCUAUUCACGGCCGCAUGCUGGACCACGAUGAAGCAAUGGGUCAGGAGCGUGCGUUUGAUUUGAUGACCAGGUUGUUGGCCAUGUCAGAUGUUGAUGUUAGGGCUGAGAUUAGGACUGAGUCUGCUGGUCAUAUCAGUUAUCCCACAUUGAAGCGGGUUUAUGAAGACCACCUGACAGAGGCUAGACGGCUGGACGACCCACAUAUGAGGGAGGAGUUGCAGGAGAGAGCCAGGAGGAGACAGUGGUGUGUGAGGAGUUUUCUUCUAUAUCUCGUCGGUUGUGCGCUGUUCACUAACAAAACGAAUAGACACAUCGACAUGAUAUAUCUUGAUUGUAUGGUGGACUUGCAGACGAUUGGGAAGUGGUCAUGGGGAGGGAUGGCCUUAGCGUACCUGUACGACUAUCUGGAUGAUUAUGUUAUUCUGAAUAACAGAACGAUAGCUGCGAGAACGACUCUUUUUAUGGGAUGGAUUUUGGAGCAUUUGUCAGGUCCGUACCCAAGGAAGAAAAACAAGGAGUGGACGCUGAAGAGACCAUGUGCUGGGAGAUGGCUUACAUGCAAAGGGCAUAAAGUUGUGCACCAUUACCGCUCAUGGCUUGAUCACUUAGAGGUGGAUGACGUCAGGUUUUCUACUUAUGGUGAUCACAGAGAGAUACAUCUUUUUCAGCUUAUUGUCACUUACUUGGGAUGA